AUGUCUUCUUAACAUCGGCCUUCUUGACAGUUGCUCACAUCAGCUGAACGAAAAAAUGGGAGCUGCAGCGAUUCCCGUGAUUUUACUGACCCUAUUUUGGGGUAUUGUGGGUAUAGUCCUGCCCAUCAUCCUUCCUAAAGGACCAAAUAGGAGUUUGAUGCAAUGUAUCCUGAUUAUUACAGCAGCAUCCUGUUGGCUAUUCUGGCUGUGUUGUUACAUGCAUCAAAUGAACCCACUCGUUGGACCAGCGCUCCACAACACUACAAUCAUUGCACUAAAUGAACUCUGGGAAAAAUAAGAUGUCGUCUUCGCCAAGGGAGUAACAUGAGAGGGAAUUGUCUAUGGAUCUGAAAGUCAGUGGUUUCUUUAGCUCUUUAAUCUGGAUUGGAUUGUUUGAAAAUUUUGUAGCCUGACUGAAAUUGAAACAUUCUUCACUCAGAAGCAACAGUAGUACUGUAACAUGCAGUAAUUAAUGUAGAUCUGUUGAAUAGGCACUUAAGAAAACAUAAUUAAAGAUAUAAUAAAACAGUAUGUGGUAUAAUCUGGUGCAAGAGUACAUGGCAAGUUGAUGGUGAUACAUGUAGUACAAGUGUCUGGUAUGAUUGUGUUGAGAUAAAUAUAUAUUCUAGUUUUAAGUUUAACCACUGGUGAAAUAUAUUCUGUAAUUUAAUUUAUUAAUCGCUGAUGUUUGGUUAUUGUCUUGUACUGGAUUUAUCCUGUGUAGAAAAACCGACGAGAAAUCAUUUUCAAACAUGACAGUUUCUUCAAGUGGAAAUAUUGGGAAAUGUAAUUUUACAUAGAUAAAUAACAAUUGUUAAGGUUUUGGGAAAAAUAUUGAACAGUUUUGAACAAAAGAUACAAUAUUUACCCUUCAAUGUUCACAGUAAAGUAGUAUAUUUUUGUUUAACUUAUAUUUGUAUGCUUUGUUAAUUGUUUUUCAAAUGACUGAAUAUUAGUGUUUGUUGGUAACAAGAGUCAAAAAGACUACUAGUGGUGUUAUUAGGAGUCACAGUACAGUACAGUAGUAUAUGUGUAAAUAUCUGAGAUGUUGUCAAUACCAAGGACGACAAUCUCUUUGUUACUACAUUAUUUUAUGAACUGUAGGUGACCACAUUCUGUCACUGUCAUUAUUUAACAUGUGUGUUGUAUAGUGUUGCUGUAAACUGUCACCUUCUUCACUUUACACUUCUGCACGUUGUCUUGGCCCUUUCUUAUCUUCCGUCAUUCUCUUCUUUUUCACUGUCUUCGUACUACACACAAAGAGAGAGAGAGAGGGGGGGGAGUAAACAUAAAGGUAGAUAAUGUUUCAAGGUGUUUUAUAUUUUCUCCAGUACCUCUCUCUCUCUGACUUGUCUCACCUGGGAUUACCACCUCAUACCUUCAGGAUAUCAUCAUGAACAAGGAUAUCUUACUGUCACAUGCAUUAACAUUAAACAGUUUAGUGUUGUCAGGUCAUAUACAGCAUUUAACUUGUUGUAUGUUUUAAUCAUGCAAUUAGUCAUUUCUUAACUUGGAUCUUAAAAGUUUAAGGAGCAGAUAUAAUGUAUUAAUGAAGCAGUGAUGCAAUACUUUUAUGUUAAUGGUACAAUGUAGAUGAUAUAUGUAUAGAGUGGAAGGCUUGUUUAUGUAUCUGACCAAUAAUAUAUUGUCUCAACAUGUGUAAAUGUGCUUGUGUUCACCUUGCAAUAUUUUAGUUUUAAUUUUGGCUGAUUUAAAGAUACCAUUUCACACUUGCAGUCAGUAGCCUCGAUUUUGGGAGUAAAACACUAAAGGAAGGCAUUGCUUACUAUGUUAAAUUUUCUCCAACAGACCUUUUGUCACCAUGGAAGGAUAUCACAGCAAAGAGUAAACAUGUAAUUUCUCUCUUAUCUGCUGAAAUCCAUUCACUUGUUCUUACAUAACCCGAAGCCACUUGUCACCAUAUUCUCCUUUCAUUCACUUUUAGUACACAACUGAAGAGGCUGUAACUGUUCAUCAGUCCAUUACUGUACUGCAUUGUAAAGAUAUAAAUUUUCAAUUUUUACUUCACUUCAAGUUUCAGUUGUAGAAAAAAAGGAAGAAUAAUUUUCAGGUUCAAUAUAUGUCCUAAAACAGAAUUUUAUUUGUGAAUACAUCAGCAGUUAGGUAGAAUGUUGUGCACUGGCUCAGGGGGCAGAUACUCAAAACACCUCAUAAGUUACACACUCAGAGAUCGUGUAACCAACUUACAGUAUUCAUACUUACAAACUGUUACCAAUAUUGUAAAUAUUGUAGAGUAAGUGUUCCUGCGGGCUAACUGGCCAAUCAUAGGUAUGCUUUCGAAACAUACCGAUCAAUCACCAGCUAAGGAUAUCACCUGGCUGGAGGGUGCAAGAAUUAUAAACAAAAUUUUAAGAAGCUGAAAAAUAUGUACAAUUUGUAAUUAAAUAUUUUCUCAUUCAAAUAGUUGUUGACUUUUAUAAUAAUGAGCUAACUAAAGCCUGGGGUAAAGCUCAAAUUAAUUAGUACAGUUUGUUAAUAUUUGAAAGUGCCAUCGUUCACCUGGACUGAUGAUACAAAGCACACAAUAUUAUAUAACAAGGUAGAAAACUGUGAUGUUUAAUAAAUAUUGUGGAAAUUA